AUGGAGCAACAAAGGAAUGACUCAUUCGCCUACCAAGAUCUGAACGCAGAUAGAUCAGGACCACCAGAGAUCAGACCAGAGGAGAUCACUUUUGAGGAAUUGAUCGGAACAGGUUCAUUCGGAAAGGUGUUCAAGGGUAGAUGUCGUCAGAAGGCUGUGGCAGUCAAGCUACUGCAUAAACAGAACUAUGACUCAGCAACCCUGGCCGCCUUUAGAAAGGAGGUUCACUUGAUGAGCAAGAUCUACCAUCCAAACAUCUGUUUGUUCAUGGGCGCAUGCACCAUCCCAGGCAAAUGUGUGAUCGUCACCGAGCUUGUACCCAAGGGUAACCUCGAGACCCUCUUGCACGACGAGAAGAUCCAACUGCCACUCUAUCUAAGAAUGAAGAUGGCCAAGGACGCAGCAUUGGGAAUCAACUGGCUACAUGAAUCGAACCCAGUGUUCGUGCACAGAGAUGUCAAGUCAUCCAACUUGUUGGUCGAUGAGAAUAUGAAGGUUAAGAUCUGUGACUUUGGUCUGUCAGCAUUGAAACAGAAGCAUAAGAUGCUAAAGGAUCAAUCGAGUGCAAAGGGCACUCCAUUGUACAUGGCACCAGAGGUGAUGAUGUUCAAGGAGUUCAAUGAAUCGAGCGACGUUUACUCAUUUGGCAUUGUGCUCUGGGAGAUAUUGACGCGCAAGGAGCCAUUCUCACAUCACAGAGAGCUGGAGAAGUUUAGAGAGGCCGUGUGCUCCAAGCACGAGCGUCCACCCAUCCCCGCCGACUGUCUCGACUCGCUGCGAAAGCUGAUCGAGAAGUGCUGGGACAAGGAGCCUCUCAGACGUCCAUCUUUCAAGGAGAUCAUUGCCACGCUGGACCACAUCAUUGUCGACGCUGCCAUCUCUGACAUCAAUGGACGUGACUUUUGGAAGCGCAGCUUCCUCACCGAGCAAGAGGUUCCAUGGGACACCUUUGUCGAUGCUCUCUGUGAGUGGUCCAAGCAUCCAAACAGGACUCAAUGUGACAAGGCAUCAAUCGAGUAUCAAAACAUCAAGUGUCUCAAGGCCAUUCUAUCUGAUUCACCAAAGGCUGAAGGAACAGGAGUUGACAACAUAGUACAUAUUGAGAAGUUUGGAAAGAUACUGGAGUUCUUUGGACCAAUGAAUGCACCAAACGAGGGCAAGACAUUGUUGGAGUUGAUCAGAGAGGUGAUGGCCCAGAAGUGGUUCCACGGCUACUUUGAGACAGUGGACGCCGCCACCAGACUGGGCGGCCAGCCAGUCGGCUCUUUCCUCAUCCGUUUCAGCUCGACCAACGCCGGCUGCUUCACCAUAUCACAGGUGAUCAACGAGGCAGGCACCAUCAAGCAUCAGCGUGUGUCGCGCAUUGGCACCAAGUACAACUACCAGAACGUCAAUUACAACUCUCUGAUCGAUGUGGUCGCCAAGAAUGGCGGUGGCAACAAUGGCGAUGUCAAGCUGGAUGCCAGUCUGGGCGUUCCCAACUUCAAGUUCAUGGCGCUCUUCUGUCACGUCCCAUCGUCUAGUGACACCUAUUAA